CACAUCAAACACCGCGCAUGUUGCCCUCUAUACGCUUCGAGGCCUCGUCUGGCAAGCGCGGUGUCGGGUCGGUGCUUCGCUAUUUUCGCUGCUGCCAGAGGCAGCCUCAGCUAUAUAGUGCACGUAUUUUCGCUUCUGGACUGUCAUUUCAAUGGUAGCGAAAGAUGGUACCUUGAAGGUAUUAAAAGUGCGGCGAUUACCCAUGGACGUCGUCGCUACACAAUGCGACAAGCCGCCGGGAAACCAGGCAGAGGCUCGAGCGGGCGACGAUCGCCGUCGGCCUUCGGUGAUGGCUGAGCAAUGGCGGCGUCGGCGGCGGCGGCGUUGGCCGUGGACGAGCACCUCGUGCAACGAGGACUCCGACGGACGCCUGCACAUAUUCCUCGCCGAACUGGCCGCCGUGCUGGGCGCCACCUCGUACGGCCUCUCCGUCGGGUACUCGUCCCCGGCGCUGCCGGACAUGCGGCAGCGGAUGCCCUUGACCGAGAGCCAGAGCAGCUGGUUCGGAUCGUUGCUCAACAUCGGCGCGCUCGUCGGAGGACUGCUUGGGGGACAGUCUAUCCGGUACCUAGGACGGCGGUACACCCUCCUGCUCUCCGCUGUCUUCCACAUAGCUGGAUGGAUCCUGAUAGCCACGGGCACUGCGGUCUGGAUGCUGUUGCUGGGCCGAACACUCACGGGACUAGCAACGGGUGUUGUUGCCCUAACCGUGCCCGUCUUUGUCUCCGAGGUGAGUCCCAAAGAGAUACGGGGUUUUCUAGACACCGUGUGCACGAUGGCGAUCACUUUCGGCAUCCUGAUGGCCUACGUCAUGGGCAAGUGGCUGCACUACGAUGUGUUGGCAGCAGCAAGCAUCAUCCCAGCUGUUGCCAUGACCAUAGUCUUGCCCAUGCUUGCAGGCUCACCCCGGUGGCUGCUGCAAGUUGGACGCCACGAUUCGGCACUUAGGGCCCUCCAGUUCUAUCGCGGCCCGGACGUGGCCGUUGAGUUCGGAGCCAUGCACGAGGCCGUGACCGCCGACGCUGAAUCACCACUUACACUGGCCGAGCUGGCGAGGCCCUGGGUGUACAAGCCGUUUCUGUGCACGCUGUGCGCCUUCUUCUUGCAGCAGUUCUCCGGCAUCGUGGUCAUGCUCUUCUACACGCAUGACAUCUUCGCCACUGCCGGUACAGGCUUGUCGGCGGCGGACAGCACCAUCGUCGUUGGUGCCGUGCAGGUGGUGUGCGUAGGCCUCGCUACGCAGCUUACGGACCGCCUUGGACGUCGGCCCCUCAUGCUCAUCUCACUAGCGGUGUCGGGAGUGAGCCUUGUCGUCCUGGGAUGCUUCUACCACUACAAGCGCACGCUCGGCCCCAGCUUCGUGCACUCUUACGGCUGGCUGCCGCUGUUCUCGCUGUGCCUGUACUUCCUGGGCUUCUCCGUGGGCCUGAGUCCGCUGCCAUCGAUUCUCAUGGGCGAGAUGCUACCCCUACGCCUAAAGGCAGUCGCCACCAGCUUCCUCAUAUCUUUCUACUUCCUCUGCGGUACGCUCAUCGCCAAGGAGUACAACGAUAUGCUAGUGUUGGUCGGCGAGGACGGAGUCUACUGGUUCUACGCGGGCUUCAUGGCCGUGGGCUUUGUAUUGACGGCAGCUUUCCUGCCGGAAACGAAAGGAAAGACCCUUGAAGAGAUUGAAGAGAUCUUCGGCUCCCACCGGUAUCAACUAGAAGAGUCCGACGACUAGCGACUCGGUGAAUUGCGUCCUUCGAAUGCGUGCAGCAUGAGGACAAAACGACGAGGAGAAAUGUUGGGGCAGGACGUCGAGUUAUUUGUCCCGUUGUGUUUUGCACUACUACCGCAAAGCCAAUCAGACCAAUUCAUUCUUGUCGACAUUUCUUGUUCACGCCUCCGAUGAAGCUUGUUCUCGCAAACAUUGUACAGGCGGCCGCGACUUUGGAAAUCUCAAGGCUUCUGCAGCAAGUUUCAAGGGCACGGACACUGUUAUACUUACAGCAACAAUUGAUGCGGGUACGAGCGCUUUUGUGCUUCCUUUCACCAUGGUAUCACCCGGACUGCUGGCAAAAGUUUUCACCCACGCCUGUAGCCUCCAGCUGAUGAACACUCCAAUGGACACACUGCCUUCUUUUAUUUUGCAAACAGUGCAUGCGUGUUGAGUUUGUACAUUAUUUCGUAAUGGAACUCUACGCGUGUAGAGCGUGAACUUCGGUACUGCCAGCAACGCCGAGUUUUGCAUUGUCCAUGCUUCAUACAUUCCACGUUUUUGCUGAUGGUGCAGCCGGUGACUCCGCUACGGUUAUAUUGCGGCGCUAGCUUUCUGCGGGGACCUUCUAUAGUGAACGCCCUACGGUACAUACGGCAUAAAUACGUCGAUAAUUAGAAGAGUUUUAGAAUUUUCGUCCCAUAAGGCCCCCGCCCUGCUCGCGUUCUUUUAUUACCCUAUUUGGUUUUCUUUUGUACACAUUUUUUCAUUAUUUUGUAAUACCGGCGGUUUGGGUCCCCAUACUUUAAGUGCUCAAAAUCUAAAAGUGCUUAGUCUUAGUAAGUUGCAUGAAAAUGCGUUUCUGAUGGGAACUGACAGCAACUCAAGAUGCAUAAGACAUUUUUCUUUUUCUCGUGAGAAGAAAGAUUCGUGACGGCUGCUGUUCAGUGAGAGCACAUUGUGCAAGUGGACAUGCUGUACUAAGUAGAAGCCGAACUGUCGGUUUACACUUAUCGUGGUUGCUUGCACCAUGCAAUGCUGUGAUAUACUUUCCUUCCUAAGCUUAAUACCCAACUGUGGCCUUCUGAACUGCUCAACAAAGUCGAAUGCAAAAAAAAAAGAAGCUUAGGACGCUUCACAAAGGGAAAGGUUUGGCGUUGGCCAAUAGCAAAGCAGCAUAUGAGAAACAAAAGAAGACAAGUAGUUCGCCAUAAGAUUGAAGUACUGAAACAAGCUAUAAUGACUGACAAGAAAAUGCAACUAAUGACAACGAUCUAGAUAUUUUGGACUAUAUAGGCCGCAUGCUGAAGCGUCGUCCACGUACCGCAGCAGCUUGUUUCAGCACGAUAAGCGGUUGUCCACCACUACUUAUUCACCAACCAUAACCGUGCUUAUCAAACUUUUGUGUAGAGGUACCGAACUAAGACGAUGCAAAGCACGAAGUCGCGAAGAUGCAGUGGCACCGCACUUAACGCUGAUAUCAGCAAAACAGAUUAUCAGCUACGUAUAGCCUUUCGUGCGCGAGCGAGCUCUUGGACGUAUUUAAUGGAGUUAAGAUGAACCUAAUUCACGUGAGAUUCGUCGCAAGGCAACAAAUAUUUUCAGCCAAGUUUUCAAAAAGUUCACCGCUGGUGGGCAUAAUUAAAUGUGAGCCACACAACGAAGAAGCAGCGAAGAAUCGCUGUACAUUUUUUUGCCCUCUACCUAACCCUGCUACAUGUUAACUAGACGCCUUGUUAUAUGCUACAAUAUACGUCACAUAGCCUCUUUGUUCCACAUGGGCGAAUUGUCUGUUAUGCGCUUCUGUAUUCCACCACUGUAAGAAGAUUAACUUUGUUUUCUUUAUGAAAGGAAAGUGGAAUCCGCAUUUGCAAUUGCUCUUUCUUCUUGCCUCACGCAUUUUUGAAAAAGUGCUAAAUUUUGCGAUUGCUAUUUGCUUUUUAACAUGCUCGCACCAUAUAAGAGCAAGUCACACGCAGACACUUUUGAAACACGAAGUGUGCACUGAGACUCAUUUCUUUUCGGCAACAGCACGCCGCCUGCAACUGAGAGCUGCGCUAAGCGUAGCUCGCAACAUAUCAGCGUGUAUUUAGCCUUCAAUGCUUAAUGGGCCAUAAGGCAAUUUUAGAGAAAUUUCAGCCUCCUCAAAGCUUUCAUACGCUGAAAGUUUGUGAUAGGCUGCAAGCUACAGCUCGCACAUCCUAUUCAGGUUGCAAAUGACAGUUAUUCACUACUGGCUUUUUCAAUUUUUAUGCUACUCUUAAUCGAAACAUACAAGUCCGCUUUAUGUGUUAAUCAGCAUGAAAUAUUUUCUCACCGCAGUCAAGCCUCCUCGACAAGCCUCCCAAAGGUGAUUGAACGUUUGUCCAUUAGCUCAAUUUUCGGAUCCUCCUCACGGGCGCGCGAUGAGCCUGUCGAUUUGCAUUAUUAUGUAGCGCAUCAGCGACGCUUCUUGCUUCUGGAAAGUUUAUUAAUUUAUGCUGCUCUUAUACCGCUGCUCGAAGGGCUAGCUGACUGCGGCGAUGUACGUACAUAAACCGUUAGGCCAAGAUUUCCGCAGCAGCUGCAAGAAUGCGAUGUGAUCGCCUCUAAAACUGCACCAAGUAUUUUCAGCUGGCUUACUUACCAGAUGCGCGAAAGGUACGCAGCUAUGUUGAGAACUCUGACACCAUAAAUUUUAUUUUACACGUUAAAUGCGCGCAGCCUAUAGCGAGGGGCCAAAAGCGCGCAAAUGCAUGUCACAUAUUGUUUCGUGUGUUGCGAAAUGCGGAGUGCUCGAAAUUAAAACGGGUAAUUGCUUGCCAAUGCUAAACGUACUUGUGGCACUUUUUCCACUUUCUCUAUGUGUGCGCUGCUGGAUGCGCGCGGCGAACAAAAUAUGCGCACUCACAUUUCGUCCAACCAACAACGGAAUUGCGAAGCGCAUCCACUGAAUCUUCGCGAGGUCCAGAUAAGCACUUGAGGGCAACUGUCUACGUCUGAAGACACCCGGAAAUUGUCGAUAUCCUCGCCUUCCUCGACUACAGCCGGGGCGGGGGGAGUGACAGAAGACCUAUGGGCCCCGGGUGCCAGACGACCUAGCUACGCCACUGGCAGUAGGGGCCCUAAUAGAGGCUCAGCCUGCUCUCCUGGUGCAGUAACUUCGUUCUUGGCAGGCUUUUCGUAAGCUGCUGUCCGUGACUUUUCAGGAGCACUUUUGAGUGGUCCCCUUUGAGUGAAAUAAACGCACAGCACCUUAGCAACCGC